UGAUUCGGCUGUCGACUUCAAACGCAUCAUGAGACACGUUGGGCCUUCAAAUACUGCUUUGUUCGCUUCUCUUGAAUCGGCAUGUUGGGUUCUUUGGGUCAAAUGUGGCGAAUGCCUAAAAAGGAGCAAGCUCUGCCAAACUCCAAAGAAUUGGAAUUGAGUCAGUACGAUGCAGAAGAGUCUGCUCAUGCUCCCGCUCCACCUCCCGCUCCACAAGAUACGGAUACGAAACGCAACUUCUUCAGUAAAGUCAAAUCGCGCGUGUCAGGGCGCACACUGUUCUUCACUGUUGGUGGGAUUCUUGGGCUGCUGUUCUCCGUCUUUUUCGUGCUUGCGUAUAUUCGCACCGGUGGCCACUUUCAGCGGUAUUUGGAUCAUGUUCGCGUCACACGUCGUGACUUGCGUCGCUUUGAGGCCAUGCCAGCAGAGGUCCACUCUGUAGACGAUAGCGGCUUCAGUCUUACCUCAACGCCACUCAUCAAACUCCCACCAGCUAUGAAAGUGGAAGCCUUCAGCAUGAAUGUCAUGGAUUUUGAGGAUCGAAUUAUUGCUCGCGUUCAAGUACCUGCCUACGAUAGUGCUACCAAGAACUUGACGCUGCGCAUCGAUUUUGAUAGAGAGGAUUAUGGCACUCUACAUCGCUUUGUGCGUCGCUUGUCAUUUGGUGGUAAAUUGAUGGCUAAAGUCGAUGCCAACAUCACCGCCAAGACACUGGGCAUCAGCUCACAUGGACGACUCGAGCGCGUGCUUCAUAUGCCUCAUCGCCGUUUCAAGCACAGGGACACGCCAAAGCCUCGCCGCCCAUCAAUUGAUCCGGCAGAAGCCCUGGAGCUGACAGAGUUGUUUGCGGCGCAUGUCUUGAGUCCAACUGGACUGAUGAUUGUUAUGAAGCGUCCAACACCCAACUUGCGUGCUGAUCUGGGACAUAUCCGGUUUGGUAUGUUUCUGGGCAACAAGCGAUUGAUUGACCUCAGCACGCAAGCGACCAUCAAUCCAUUUGAGACGGACUUUAUGGUACGACAAGGCGCGUACUCGCCUGAUGCGAUUGAGCAUGUCAAUGCAACUGUGCAUGGUCUGUUGAAAGCACUGCGACAACGACACCCACAAAAGGAGAUUCCUCGCCAGUUGCUGCAUACAGUGAAGAUGCCUCUGCAUAUUAUUGGCGAGCACUCACAAAGUGUGGCCUGGCUCAAUGUAAUUGUACGCUCGCUGAGACGCACGAUUCCCGUGCCCCUUGAAGUGCUCGAGAGCUGGCUUAUUCGCAGUGGCGUACCUCAAAGCUCUUUUGAAGUUGCCAAAAUGGAUACGAGCGUGGUGAACGCUAUGCCACGUCCUGGAGACACGCCGGCGACACCUGCUCCUUCACCUGCGCUUGUAUGAAUGAACGCUUCAUCUUCUUUGCUUAGAAUAGGGUUUUUGUACUUAAACAAGAUGCUGCAGCUACAGGAGAUUCUCUAAAACUUGCGUCCUUUGGCCCUCUGCGCCUGCUCCUCUUCUGAGCGAUUGACAUUGAGCAAGAGGGUAUCCGAGUCCAGUAAAAUCCUGUUACUGCCGGAUGCCACCAACUGUGCAAUCUCACGCGCCGUCUCUAGCUUCUUGAGCUCAACAUACUGUGGCUUAUUCUUCAAU